AUGAGUGAUACCGUUUUGGUUCACGAACUGGACCUCGUGACGUUGAUCGAUUCCAAGAAUUGUGAACGCGCGUUUGAGCUUUUUCGUGAAUCGCACGAAGGAAACGAUGGACCAUGGAAGCUAGUCUUGUACUCGUCAUCCGACGAAGCAUUGCUGCCAGUGGAAUCAGAACCCAAGGAAAGUGCAGCGGAAAAGGCUGUUGUUGAACCCCUUUCGAAAGGAUCGAAAGGAAAAGUGAAAUGCUCCAGUUGCAGUAAAACCUUCUCACGACAUGUGGAUCUUUGGCGACAUGUUCGGACGAAGCACAAGGAGCCCAGUCAUUUACUGGACGUCUUUUCUCACGUGAUCACCAAACAUUUGGAGGACGAAGUGUUCAAGUGCAAGUUGUGUGGAAAGGAGUUCGAAAAGUCCGAACAAAUUAAGUGCCGAAGGUUUCCUUAUUUUCGACAGGAUCAUCUUCUGAAACACAGUAAGAAAGAAACUAAAGAAAUCCCCGCGAAGCCGGUCGUAGAUUACAAGAAGAGACAGGAAAUUCGAGUCGCGCGGAAAAAGUUCAACGCCAUUUUCUCACACAAGAAACGGGGCCGGAAAAAAGGGAAGCGAUUGGAUCAAGAUGUCGAUACUGCAGAAGCUCUUUCUAUCCCAGCAAAAGCGAGUUCCAUUUGUCCUAUCUGCAGAAAGGUUUUCAAAAAAGGUAGUCUCAUGGCUCGUCACAUGCGGUGUCACACCGGAGAGCGCCCUUUUCGUUGUCCGAAAUGCGAUAAAGGCUUUGCUCAGAAAACCUGUUUGGGUCGUCACAUGCGAUUGCACGAAAAAGAGAAGCCGUUUGCGUGUCUAUUUUGUCCAUACCGUGCCGCGAUGAAGGCCAAUUUAAAGCUGCACAUCCGGAGGCUGCAUUGGGAUCAACUUGGGGACCGGAAACUGGGUGCCCUGGCGAGUUCUCGGACUCCGGAAGCAGGCGGGGAGAUUCGUUGCCCGCUUUGUCCCUGUGUUUUCCAGCGUCGAGGAUGCUUGAAGGUUCACCUGAAGAAGAUCCACGAUUUUGUCGAGGGACCCAAGGAAGAUUGUGUUCAAGCUAAAGAUGCUGAUAUCAUUCAAGAAGAUAAAAGCCGCGGUGAAGUAUUCGAUGCUGUUGUACCGCCGAGUGCAAAUGUGGAAAACAGUGACGUGCUUGAACAGAAUUCUACGUCUAACGCGAGUCCGAUCUCGCUUAUCUUCAUUGAGCCGACCAAUUUAAUAUCAUCGGCUCACGAGAUCUUCCUAAUAAAAAUGUAUCUCUUAGGAACCUUGGUGGAACAAUCUGAAGCUGAAGAUACUUCUAUGGAAGCUGAAGUAGCAAAAGACCCGAAGCCUACUGUAAAACAAGCGAAAAAUUUCGCAUGUCAUGCGUGUCCAGCCUCUUACAAGAGGCUCGCGCAUCUCAAGGAACACGAGAAAGAAAAACAUGGAACUUCGUCCAUUCCUUGCGAAACCUGCGGACGCAGAUUUUGGACCAAGCGUUUGUUGUUAUCACACGAGCGAGUUCACGUUAUUGGCGGACUCCACGAAUGCGAAUUGUGCGGGAAAACGUUUCGGUACAAGAACGGCGUGAAGAGGCACGUUCAGGCCCAGCACGGAGAUAAACGAUUUUCCUGUUCGUUUUGCGGAAAGAAAUUCGGCUUCUCAAAUAGUUGCAAACGACAUAUGGAAACUGCUUGUCCAAACGCUCCAGCCUCGAUUACUGGGGUACAAGAGGCCGAAGUGGAAGAGCAUGACGAAAAUCCUAUGGAACCUGCUGCAUUUUCCCUGGAUCUUCUAGGACAAUACAAUCUUCUGUCUCAGCGACAACUUAUAGGGCCUCUGGGCGGCUUAGAGCUAAACCUGUGGUGCUGCACAAAGGUAGUCGAAAACGAAGCCGGGGAAUAUUCUCUCAUUUUGCCUUCACAACCUGUUCUCCCUCCACAUCCACCUGCUUCUCUUCCUCCUCCUCCUCCUCUUCCUUCGUCAACUUCUGCAGCUGAACCUGUUAAUCUGCCUGUGGUAGAACCUGUUCGGGUUUCAGCGCCGGAACGUACCCAGCAGCAGCAAUCCGCAUCGAAUCAUUCCGUGUGCCAAGUCUGUCACAAGAGUUUCAAGAAACGAGCGGAUUUUCAGCGGCAUUUGAGAGUUCAUACUGGGGAGCGGCCUUUUGGUUGCGAUUUGUGCGAAAAGAAAUUUUCCACUUCGUACGCGUUGACGAGUCAUAAGCAGCAGGUGCACUUUCCGGUGAAGCGGGUCGAGUGUCAUGUGUGCAACAAAAUGUUUGCCAAUCGGUCUGCGCGGAAUUUGCAUUUGAGAUUACACACGGGUGACAAGCCGUUUGUCUGCAACGUCUGUGGAGCAGCGUUCCGGACAUCCGGCCAUUUGUCGUCGCACAAGCGGAACCACUCGAAAACUGGGAAGGAAGUGUUGGUUGUUCCGGUUCUCCCGACGUCCACUUCCUCGUUCCAAACCAUGCAUCGUGGAGAUUUCCUCAACACUUCUGCCGACCUGCCAUCGUGUGUGCAACAACAAUCUGGACUGGAUUUAGACUCCGCACUUUCUUCCCUCGUCGCGUCCUUUGACAAUGCCGACGUUUUGGGUCUGGACAAUAAUGGAUUCGGUUAUGUGACGCGCAAGAAAACGUCGUCUUCUCCCAAUGCGUUCAGGUUUUCCACCGCCGUCCACAUGCAGGGCCAAGUGACGAUUUUUGGAUGGUUGGACGACAGGAAUCUGAUGAUUCAAAGCUUUGGAACAUACGAAUCACUGGUCCUGAUGGGUUUCCCAAGAAUCAUGGUUGCGAAGGAGUCAAAGAUGGCCCUCAUUCUGGAGUCGCCUUCUAGGAAUAUCAUGGGAUAUGUGCUGUUGUUGAUGGUUGCUGUCUGUUCAGUGAUUCUGUCAAUGCACUGUUGCGUCAUAUUUCGUGAGUAGCGUUUUAUUGAGCAUUUUAUCUCC